ACAUGUUACACGGUUGCUGGGGCUCCUUAUGUCUUAAAUUAGAAUUUCUACAAUUCGGGUCAAAAAAUUGGGCUCUCAAUUGCAUAAGCAAAAUUUAUCCGCUAAUUUAACUUGUAACAGUAAACACACUCAAACUUUUUUUUUUUUACAAAAUAUAGGUUGAAAAAAUGUGUACAUCUUUGUCGCUGUUUUGCUAAUCUGAUCCCAGGCUGCAGGAGACCAGUCAAGGAAGAUGGACUUGGCAGAUCUUCAGACGAGCCAGCCUAUUACCACUCAACAGAUGCGUGGUCUGGAACAUCAAGAGCCUAGCAAGACCAAACCUGAAACUGAAAAUUCUGCCAGAGAACAUGCUCAAGUCACUGCUGAUGCACCCAGGGUAAUAUCUGUGCAGGCAUCCCAUUAUCAGGGUGACAACAGGUAUGAUCCGUUCUCGCGCAAUCACCAGUGUACAUGUAAUGCUCUCGCGUUCCUAGCAUACCACAGUGAGGGAACACAUUUCCGUAAGAGCGAUCUUGACAGUGUGCUACAGGUUGGCGAUGCCUUGUACACGCGCACUAAAAGGCAACUUAUUGCUGAGGGGAAGUUUCAAAGUGAGCACUUGACGAUGGAAGAAGUGCCCGUGAGUGUCACAACAAACAGACACACUUACAUUGUACAUAAGUCUGACGUACUAAUGGGAUCCCUUAGAGUCACUGGUAGGGGUGACUAUGCAGGUUGGUGGCUAAGUCUUUCUGAGAGACUUCAGUGUCUCUCAGCAGAUGUGACCCAUGCGUUGCUGACCAUCAGUCCACUGUGCAUUGCAGUGUUUAGGGACAGAUCUGGACGCUAUGGGUUUUUCGAUCCCCAUGCUAGAACAGCAGAGGGUUUGCCGGACCGUACAGGUAACGGAACUGCUGUUAUGCUUACAUUUACUCACCUGAAUGACAUGAUUGAGAGACUGCACAUGCUUUACCGACGCUGGGAGGAUAAUGAGCAGUAUGAUUUCAUGCCGGUGAACUUUGAAAUGGUCAGCAACUGUCUGCUAAGCCCCUCUGUGACAGCCUGGAUCAGCCACACCCGCACUUCAUCCAUACAGCUCAGCUUGUCCAUGUACGAAGACGCCUUGCAGGGCACGACAGCCGAGGAGACUGAAGAUGGCCAGGGAGAACAACGCCGGCUCUACUGA